AUGUGUCAAUACCACACCUCGAUCGCAAAGAGGGCUAUACGCCUGCAAGCGCCGAAGGCGCACAUUGAACAGGUGGUGUCAGACCAUUUAAAUGCAGCUUUCUUUCUUCUACCAGCCCGUGAGAGCGUAUUGGGUAGCAGAUAUUUUCAGAUCCUCGAGAAAGAAGGCAUUAUAAAGAUAGAUUUCAUGCGCCAAGGCAGAGUCAAUCGGGUAGCCAGUUUAGUGCAAAGCACGAAUGAUAUAGCUGCGUGGAUGAGAGAAGCCACAAUAUCCACUAUCCACUACAUCGACGUCGCUAAGCUUCCUUCUCGCCUCUUUCCCCUUUUCAUCGCCUUAAUUCUCGAACACUACCUAACGCCUCUGCGAAAGCGGCUCACACUUUCUACACCUCUUUUCGUACCUUUUACUGCUAUAGGCUGUGAUGCCGUUACCCGUUUUUCUCGCUUGGUGCACAGGCUCACCUGA